GUAAAGCAAGUAAGCUUUUCUUUAGUAAUUACAACUCGGCGCUUGGGAGAACAACCAGGUUUCCUUAAAAGCAACACAAUUCAAAGUCUAACAAAAAUCUAAUAGUCACAGAAUAAGAAUGUCUGACUCCAAUAACAACUUAAAUGCUCCGGAUUGCUCGCGGCGCUGGAACGACGAUAUUGAUAUUGAAUUCGAUGACCAGUUGCUAUUUGCAUCCUACCCAGAGACGGACGGUGGCCGUAACUACAAUUCACCCGUAAUCUGCGAUAAUGAGCAUGACCCUGAUAACGUGAAUGAAACGAGCCCAUCCCAUUGGGGCAUGGCCUGCUCUCCGGGUCCUUCGGAUAUGACGGACAACCCGCAUGGCGUGGAUUCGGAGUGUACCUCUGACUCCGAAUUGGAAUACCUCUUUGAAGAACCUCCGCCCGUACAUGACGGUAGAUUCUUCAAUCCGAAUUACGAACUGCCGGCCCAAGUGGCCGGUGGUGAUGCCAACACUCCGGAAGAGGCUGAGACGACAGCGACUGGUCAGGCGAACGAUUCAGGCUUGGAUCUGCGACCGGUGCCGGCAUCGAUUGAUCUGACGCGAAAUCGACCCCCGACCACCUGGCGUGACUAUCAUGCCCGCGUUCGGGCCCAGAAUCGUCCGCCGCCGGGCGUACAGCGGCUCUGUGCUGGACAGCCACCCAACCGUGUUCCAGUGUUCUUGGAUGAGGAACUUGGCGUCUAUGUAUUUGUUGCCAACGAUACCGAUUCAGAGGACGAGCCGACUCUGCCCCCAUUGGCCAUGGUGCCGCGACGAGGCAACAGUGUCAGCGAUCUGAGUCAGUGCAGUAGCGACGAAGAGCCCGAUAAAAACUAAACAUGAAUACUAACACUAUCGACACUGAUGUAGGACUUAACACUAAACACUGAAAACACACUACACACGCAAAUGACAUGCAAUUAUUGAAAGUUUUAUAUCCCUAUACUAUAUAUACCAUAUACACUAUAUACACUUAGAAUUUUUUUUAUUCACUAUAUAUAUAUAUAUAUUUAUAUAUAUACCAUAUAUACUAUAUGUACUAUGUAACCUAUAUACACUAAAAGCGCUCUUUGUACACUAUUUACACUAUAUACACAUAGUUUUCUCCGCAAUUCAACUUUACAAAUCUUUCAUAAAAACACUUAAUACGUGCAAUCCCAUACUCAUGGCUGAAACAUUACACUUCAGACAUUAGACAUUACACUUUACACCUUAGUCAUUACACCUAAGUCCUUACACAUUUCGCCUUAGAUACUAUGCGUUAGACAUUACGUGUUAGACUUUACACAUUACAUAUCAUUUUACAAGAAUUCCAAAUAAAGGAUGUAAAAAUA